UGUUGUACUUGUCAUUCAGACAUCCCAGGAAUUCAACACGACUAGGAACGAGCCAGCGCGGCACAACAAGGGCAUUUUUUUUUUGCUUAAACCGCGUCCUUGUCGCCGCGAAAGGUCAAGCAAGCGACGUUAGCUGUUAAAAUAGGAAAAGUGUCGAGGAAAGUGGCAGCUACAGACGCUGGAGCAGCACACAGAUGUGAGGUCAGACAUCAGAGACCCUUUCUAUCGUUGCAGCCCUGGAGUGGUGACAUCCUCUUUAUUUCCUUCAUUGUCAUUAUACAUGCUUUUACAUGAAGAGAGGGGAGAAACCCGAAGGAUACAGACAGAUGAGACCGAAAACGUUCCCCGCCAGCAACUACAGUGGCAACAGCCAACAAAUGCUACAGGAAAUACGGAAGAGUAUGCGUAACUUGCCCAAACCCUCUGACCCACCUAAAGUGGACAUUCCCAUACCUGGAAAAAUGCACCCUGAGGAUUCAAGGCAACAGGGGCGCUGUAGCAACCCCAGAAAUGACUACCAUAAGGUCUUACAGGAGAUCCGCAAGUCUCUAUUGCCGUUUGCCAAUGAGCCCAGUGCUUCAGGCUCUGAUGUUAACAAACACAUGUUGCUGGAACCCCCAUAUGCUGGGUUUGAGGAGCCAAGCAACAGUCGAGGUGCGGGGCUGACUAUUGACUACACGGGUAAGGUGAGCUACCAAGACUCAGUGAGGGAACAGAUGGCUGUUGCCAACCCCAACGCUACAGGCCUGAAACCCCCAGGAGCUUCUCAUAUCCAGCAAGCUGUGCUGAGGAGGCCAAGCUGGAAAGGCUCUAAGGAGUCUCUGGCUCCUCGACAUGGUCCUCUCAUGGUGGAUGGAAUGAUAUACCGCUCAGACAGUCCUGGACCGCCUCCUGCCUUCCCACAGGGCCACCCUGCUAACAGCCAGAGAGUUAACCCUCCACUGCCUCCUCAGGUACGCAGUGUCACACCUCCACCAAACCGUGGUGCCAUGCCUCCUGCAUCAUCCUGGGACAGCAACCCAUCAACCAAGCGUUACUCUGGAAACAUGGAUUACCUUGUGCCCCGCAUCUCUCCAGUACCCCAAGGGGCCUGGCCUGAUGGGUACCCGACUGCAGCACCUCAGAAUCAGCGUGGCAUCAGCCCAGUGCCUGUGGGCCACCAACCCAUCAUAAUGCAAAGCUCUGGGGGGAAUAAGUUCACCUUCCCCUCCAGCUGGUCUCAGAAUGGCUCCCCCCAGUCUGACUACAUGGCAGGAGGCAGCAGACAGCCCCCUCCUCCAUAUCCGGUCAACCAGAGCAGCCGACACAGUCCCACUGAUCAGCAGAUGCAGGCAGGAGGACCUGCAUCAUCUCCUUCUUAUGUCAAUGGUGGAAACAUUCCUCAGUCCAUGAUGGUUCCCAACCGGAACAGUCACAACCUCGACAUGUACAGUAUUGGUCCUCCUCAGCCCUGGUCCCAGGCUCCUCUGGCUUCUAACCAGCCCCAGUCUUCCUCUGGCAGCAGCAGCAACCAGGAUCUGUCCCCAUCAUGGCAGCACAACAAGCCUGUCCGCUCUAAUUCUUUCAAUAACCACCAGCUGAACAGCCGACCUGCUCACCCAGCUAGUUCCCAGCCCUCUGCUACCACCGUCACUGCCAUCACGCAGGCUCCUAUCCUGCAGCCAGUCAAAAGCAUGCGUGUCCAGAAACCUGAACUACACACUGCUGUCGCUCCCACACACCCUCCAUGGCUGCAGCAGGUACCUCCAUCUACAGCUGCACCUGCCUACCCAGAACCCUCAGCUGCAGUCCAUCAGAUCCCUGUAGUGGCAGAGGUCCCCAACUACCAGGGGCCCCCUCCGCCCUACCCGAAGCACCUCCUCCAGCAGCAGGCUGCACCCUGCCCCCCAGCAUACGACGCAGGAGUCAGUAAGAUGGGCACAGGUAGAGAAGAACCUGCUGAAGAGGAGACCAGCAGCAGUGAAAAUGCAAGAGACAAGGCAUCAGAAAGUCCUGAGAGCACUGCAGCAACAGAGAAAGAGAAGAAGCAAAUCACAACAUCACCUGUUCCUGUCCGUCGAAACAAGAAAGAUGAAGAGCGAAGGGGGGAGUCUGGAAGAAUCGCUCUGUAUUCUCCACAGGCCUUCAAGUUCUUCAUGGAACAACAUGUGGAGAACAUACUGAAGAACCAUCAGCAGAGGAUUCGAAGGAGGAAGCAACUGGAAAAUGAGAUGCAAAGGGUGGGUUUGUCUUCAGAAGCCCAAGAGCAAAUGCGUAUGAUGCUCUGUCAGAAAGAAUCCAACUACAUCCGGCUAAAGCGGGCCAAAAUGGACAAGUCCAUGUUCAAGCGAAUCAAGACGCUCGGCAUUGGAGCUUUUGGUGAGGUGUGCUUGGCCAGAAAAGAGGAUACAGGAGCUCUGUAUGCCAUGAAGACGCUCCGCAAGAAGGACGUGCUGCUGAGAAACCAGGUGGCUCAUGUCAAGGCUGAGAGGGACAUACUGGCUGAGGCUGACAACGAGUGGGUAGUGCGUCUCUACUAUUCAUUCCAAGACAAGGACAACCUGUACUUUGUCAUGGAGUACAUUCCUGGAGGGGACAUGAUGAGCCUUCUUAUUCGACUUGGCAUCUUUAAAGAAGAGCUGGCCCAGUUUUACAUUGCUGAGCUCACCUGCGCUGUAGAGAGCGUCCAUAAGAUGGGCUUCAUCCAUCGAGACAUCAAGCCUGACAACAUCCUCAUAGACAGAGACGGACACAUAAAGCUGACCGACUUUGGUCUUUGCACUGGCUUCCGCUGGACCCAUGACUCCAAAUAUUACCAGAGUGGAGACCAUGUGAGGCAGGACAGCAUGGACUUCAGUAAGGAAUGGGAAGAUCCAGCCAACUGCCGCUGUACGGACCGCCUGAAGCCUCUGGAGCGGAGAAAGGCCAGGCAGCACCAGCGCUGUUUGGCCCACUCACUAGUGGGGACACCCAACUAUAUAGCACCAGAAGUGCUGCUCAGAACAGGAUAUACCCAGCUCUGCGAUUGGUGGAGUGUUGGUGUCAUCUUGUAUGAAAUGGUUGUUGGACAGCCUCCCUUCUUAGCGACCACACCCCUGGAGACACAGCUGAAGGUGAUAAACUGGAAGAGCACGCUGCACAUUCCCCCGGCAGCCAAGCUCAGCCCAGAGGCGUCAGACCUCAUUGUUAAGUUGUGCCGUGGCCCCGAGGACCGCCUUGGAAAGAACGGUGCGGACGAAAUCAAAACUCAUUCUUUCUUUAAGAGCAUUGAUUUCUCCAGCGACCUGAGACAGCAGGUGGCGCCCUACAUCCCCACCAUCGCUCACUCCACAGACACCUCCAAUUUUGACCCUGUGGACCCAGAUAAACUGUGGAGCAGCGACAGCGAUGGUGAGGACAACCACAAUGACACCCUGAACGGCUGGUUCCGCAACGGCAAGCACCCUGAGCACGCCUUCUACGAGUUCACCUUUCGACGCUUCUUUGACGACAACGGUCAUCCAUACAGCUGCCCUAAACCCAUCGAGUAUGAGGGCUAUAACGAGGACGAGGCGGACUCAGAGGGCACAAUGCAGGAGGCAGCCAGUUCAGAAACACAGGGCCGAGACCUGGUCUACGUGUAGCAGCUGAGGCCAGCUGAGCUGCUUGUAUAUAAUAAGUUCGUGGAAGGCAUUUUGUGUGAAGGGGAGUGCAACAGUACAGCAUGUAAAUCCUUGAACGUAGGAAAGUAUGUUUGUAGGAACAGUCAGAACACUCUGCAGUACACGAUCGCCUUAACAAACAGUGAAUUCACACUACAAGUUAAAGGAAUAGUUCAACAUUUGUUUUCUUGCCAAGAGACAGCCCAUAGGAAUAAAGAUACAGCUCUAAAUAUGAAGCUUCACUUACCUUAAAAUAAAGACUAGAGACAGAUACUCUGCUUUGGUCCAAGGGGAAGAAAUCUGCCUGUUAACACCAGUAAGGCCAAGCCUAUAGUUUUUUUUUUUAUCCGGUAGUACGCAGAGGUCCACAUGAUGUAAAUUUCAUCAUCUCCCUAAGUUCACUAGUGUGCAGCUCAAGAGAAGAAAAAUGUAGACGUAUGGAUCCAAGUCCUUUCCAACCAACUCCAAGUGGACUAGAGAGCAGUUUGUGGUGUCUGCAACUGUCCAUGUUUGUCCCUGCAAGGGAGUAAAUUAAGGACUUAAGGGUCACUAAGUAACAUGUUAUGUCUAGGGCACUCCAAAGCCUAAAACCUUAUGUUUGUUCUUUCAUAUGACCAAGAACAUUUAAAAAAAAAAAACCUCACAUCUGAAAAGUUGGAACCAAACAUUCUUGAAAUAUUCUUUCCAAUUAAUUUUGUUUAGGUUGACUACUUCUGAUUAUGUCUCAUACGUUUUAAAAGCACCUGCCCAAAUACUUAACUAGAGGGGGUUAAUUGUUUAACUCUCACUUGUGUAAAAGCUUGAAGCUUCUCAAAUUUGUCUUAACACUACAACUGCAGAUGUUUAUUCUGCAACCAGGAUGUAUACAAAUCUACAGUGAAAUGAAACAUUUAGUGGGUGAAAAUCUUCACAUUUUAGCAUGGAACAGUAACCGUUAUAUAUACAUCAUCAGGCUUGUGUACAGUUUCCAUUCAACACAUUGAGUUUUGUGCCUAUCAAGCAAAUAAACCAGAUCUGAUGUGUUAAGUAGGGAGCUUUAGAGAUGCUGGUAGGUAAAAUUUCUUACCUUCGGCCAGAAUCGGGUCUUCCAUUUCACAUAAUUAUGCUAAGCUAAGCUAACCAGAUGCUGUCUGUAGCCUUUUUCAAUCCACUGCUCUAAAUCUUGGCUUGUUUUCCAGAAGUGUUGUACUUUAGUUUGUGAGAGGUGACACUGUAUGUUGUGUGCUGCCUGAAAACCCUAAAAGGAACAGAAAGCAGGAAAAAGCUAAAUCAGGGUGCUCUCAUUGAUGACUUAUUGCAAACCCCCUAAAACCUUAAUUUAUUUAAGAAACAGUGUAGAUGCUGUUUGAGUGUGGGGAUUUUUGUUGUUGGAAUUACUUUCAUUAGUAAGACUUGUCUUAAUUUAUAUUUUAAUGUCUGUUGCCAUGGGGAUUUAGUGACUCAUAGAAAUUUGCAGGGAUACAUGGCUCUAAUUAUUCAUUGCUGUGCCUUUUAUGAUUUUUUUUUUAAAUUUUAUUUUAUCUUUCACCAAAUAUAAAGAGGGUUAAUAAUCAUACUGGUAUUUUAAAUAAGAGUAGAAGUAGGUGAUUGAACUGCAGUAGUUUCUUGUUAUAUUUUUCUAAUUUAUACCUAAAAUGUAUUUAUAAAUUAAGUUGUAUACAGUGGAUGUAAAUAUAUUUCUUCUUUCCUGUCAGCUGAUUUUUUUUUUUUUCGUUUUUAGUUUUUUCCUCUGGGCAGGCCCUUGUCGGUGUCCACUGCUGCUGCCUUCUGUCAAUAUGUAUCUUUUUAACACUAAUUCACAGGACUCUGAAUAGAUUUAAGGUCUUUUGUUGAACUCACUUUCAUUGCCAUUUAAUGCUCAUCUCUCAACCAAAGCACUAAAUAGGUGUUUUUGUUUGUUUUUUUUUAAAACUUUUUUUUUCUUUUACAAUAACCCACAUUUAGAAAGAAACUAUCACAACACUAUGAACCUAGUUUUUGUGGUAUUAUGUGACACAAUCACCCAGAAGUACCUUGCCUUUUUGGCACCUGAUCACGACAUCCUAUAAUACUUCACAUGGUGACCUGGAGGAGAACCACAGGCCACCGUCAGAGUUGAUUUUUUUGUGCAGCCGUAUUGAAAAUAAAGAGAAACUGGACUCUUCAUCACAUAUCAUGAUGAUUUUGUAACCCGCUGUACUUUUGUGUGUGUAGGAAAGAUCUCUGAAUGUAGUUGUUAUGGACUUAAUGGUGACCACUGUCAUUCUGCACUGGUUUUGUGUUUUCAUUGUGAGAGAAUUUUAUUUUUGUGUACGUUAUUGCUCUGGGAGGUUUGGGAGCAGGGAAGAGGGUGAUAAAUAAAGAAUGUAAAGAACAA